GUCGUUCAGGGCACUUAGCUCAAGAAGCGUCAGAGAAAAAGGGGCUUCUGAGAUCGUGGGCCUUGCUGAUCCCUAUAUUCCCUAUCUAGAGGGUCACUCCGGAGUGCCAGGCCCCCAAGCCCAGAGCCCCGCCCAUCCUUUGAGGGGUCUGCAGCCCCACACCGAGACGUUAGUGUUUGGCAACUACAGCGCCCUUCUAACCUCUUGCUCCUGCGUUUCGAGGAGACCAGACUCCAGCUCCACCGGCCCGUGCCAGGGAUCAGCGAUCCUGCGCCCAUGACCAAGCCCUCGGAGUGACCAGCCUGCCUUUGGGUCCACAAGAAGGUCCGAACUUCCAGGACCUCACCGUCCCUAUAGCCGGGUCCGCCACUGCCCAGCUCGACCGGAGGAUGGGUGUGGUUCUCCGCAUCUGAGCUGCACGUCAGGAGAGGGCAUGAAGGAGGAGUCCGGCAAAAAAGGAAGGAUGCCUCUCUUCUUCCGGAAGCGGAAACCCAGCGAGGAGGCUCGGAAACGCCUGGAGUACCAGAUGUGUCUGGCAAAAGAAGCGGGAGCAGAUGACAUUCUUGACAUCUCUAAAUGUGAGCUCACAGAGAUUCCAUUUGGGGCUUUUGCGACAUGCAAAGUUCUUCAGAAGAAGGUGUUGAUUGUGCACACAAACCAGCUCACCUCCCUGCUGCCCAAAUCCUGCAGCCUCCUGAGCCUGGCAACCAUCAAGGUCCUGGAUCUGCAUGACAAUCAGCUGACAGCCCUCCCUGAGGACCUGGGGCAGCUGACCACCCUGCAGGUGUUGAAUGUGGAAAGAAAUCUACUGACACAUCUCCCCCGCUCCAUUGGGAACCUGGCCCAACUCCAGACCCUCAAUGUGAAAGACAACAAGCUGAAGGAGCUGCCAGACACCCUGGGGGAGCUCCUAAGCCUGCGAACCCUCGACAUCAGUGAGAACGGAGUUCAGAGGCUGCCGCAGACGCUGGCUCACAUCCGGACGCUGGAGGCGCUGAGCCUCGAUGCCUCGACCAUAGUCUUCCCGCCGCAGGAGGUGUGUGGCGCCGGCACCGCGGCCAUCCAGCGGUUCCUCUGCAGAGAGUCGGGGCUGGAAUAUUACCCCCCUUCUCAGUACCUGCUGCCGGUACUGGAGCAAGAUGGAGCCAACUGCGCCCAGGACAGCCCUGACGGACCGGCAGACAGAUUCUCCAGGGAGGAGACAGAGUGGCAGAACAGGUUUUCCGACUUUGAGAAGCGGAAGGAGCAGAAGAUGCUGGAGAAACUGGAGUUCGAGCGGCGCCUGGAGCUGGGACAGCGCGAGCACGCCCAGCUGCUGCGUCAGAGCAACAGCCAGAAGGACGAGGUCCUGCAGACGCUGCGGGAGGAGCGCUCCCGGCUGGAGCAGGGACUGAGCGCUCACCAGCGCUACCUGGACGCCGAGCGGCAGCGGCUGCAGGAGCAGCUGAAGGAGGCUGAGCACAGCGUCGCCAGCCGCAUCCAGAAGCUGCUGCAGGAGAACCGGAGGCAAAAACAAAGUUCAGAGAUUCUGAAGUCGUUGGAAAAUGAACGAAUAAGAAUGGAACAGUUGAUGGCCAUAACCCAGGAGGAAACGGAGAACCUGCGUCGCCGGGAGAUCGCCUCCGCCAUGCAGCAGAUGCUGACGGAGAGCUGUAAGAGCCGGCUCGUCCAGGUGGCCUACGAGGCGCAGCGGCAGAGCCUGGUCCAGCAGGCCUGUUCCAGCAUGGCUGAGAUGGAUGAGCGGUUCCAGCAGAUCCUGUCGUGGCAGCAGAUGGACCAGAGCAAAGCCAUCAGCCAGAUCCUGCAGGAGAGCUCUAUGCAGAAGGCGGCCUUCGAGGCCCUCCAGGUGAAGAAAGACCGAAUGCAUCAGCAGAUCAGGAACCAGAUUAGGUUAAUAGAAACUGAGUUAUUGCAGCUGACACAGCUGGAGUUAAAGAGGAAGUCCCUGGACACUGAGGCGCUGCAGGAGGCGGUGGCAGAGCAGCGCUGGGUGCUCAGCGCCCUGCUCCAGCAGCUGCUCAAGGAGAAGAAGCAGCGGGAGGAGGAGCUGCGGGACCUCCUGACGGAGUUGGAGGCCAAAAGUGAGACCAAGCAGGAAAACUACUGGCUCAUCCAGUAUCAGCGGCUCUUGAACCAGAAGCCAUUGUCCUUGAGGCUGCAGGAAGAGGGCAUGGAGCGCCAGCUGGUGGCCCUCCUGGCGGAGCUCCCAGCCAAGCACUACUUGCCUGUCUUCGCGCACCACUGCAUCUCCCUGGACAUGCUGAGCCGGAUGAGCCCCAGGGACCUGGCCGAGCUGGGCGUCUCGGAGACUGGCCUGCAGCGUGAGAUCCUCAGGAGAGCCCGGGAACUGCACGAUGCGGCCAGUGCCCAGCCAGAGCUGAAACCAGCCAAGGGGGAGACCCCCGGGGCCCUGGAGCCGCCCGCAGCACCGUCCGCGCCCCCUGAGGAGCCCGAGGUGCAGGUCUCGGAGUGCGUCAUCUGCCUGGAGCGGGAGGCCCAGACCAUCUUCCUCCCCUGUGGCCACGUCUGCUGCUGCCAGCAGUGCUGCCAGCCCCUGCGCACCUGCCCCCUGUGCCGCCAGGACAUCGCGCAGAGCCUCAGGAUCUACCACAGCCCUUGAACGCAGCGCCCACUGCUUCCCCGGGCAGCUCACCGGGCAUCUCCCCGCCAUGCGCAUCUGGGCCAGGAGGGGGCGCUCCUGGACCCUGCACUGCCGCUCUGAGCG